CAAUCUGCGCCCCCCUCCAUCUUCCAUCCUUGCUAUUCGCACGAGAUCACAGGGACACCAUGAGCCGGAUCCUGCCCGUUCUGCUAGUUGCCUGCGGGCUCUUCUCCUGCGUGCGGACCGAAACCCUCCCCGUCUGCAUUGUGGGCGCUGGACCGGCUGGACUGAGCGCGGCGGCGGAGUUGGAGAGCCAGGGCUAUCGCACGCUGACCCUGGAAAAGCAGAACGCCGUCGGAGGUAAAUGUCAGGCCGUCUACCAAAACGGAUCGUUCAGCCCUCUGGGUGCCUUGAUCUUCACGCCCCCGACCUAUCGAGAGUCUAUCCGGCUGAUGCUGGACACCGGCAUGAGUUCGGUUCCCUUUAUCUCGGGGGAGAAGUGGCAGUAUAACGUCAGCAGCGGACUGGUCUGGGCCAAACCGGCGCCGCCUCCCCAGCUCUCGCAGCUUCUGAUGACCGAGGUUUCUCGCUACAUCGACUGGUGGAACAAGAACUUCCUGCUGUACAACGUGGCGUCGGGCUAUCGGCAUGGCAUCCCUGCCGAACUGACCAUCACGGCGGCCGAGUGGCUGGCCCAGCAUGGCUAUCAGACCCUCCAGGCGGUCUUUGUUCAAUCGAUGGUUGCCUAUGGCUAUGGAGACUAUCGUCAAGUCCCCAUCCUCUACGUGCUUCAGUAUCUCACCCCCGACAUACUCUUGACACUCCUCAAGGUACAACAAGGUGUAAAGAUCGACAUUGCAGAUUUUCACCAGGUCCUGGAGAAAUUCGCCGCCAAACGCAUAUCGGGACCCAUCCAUCUCAACACAAGGAUCUUGAAGAUUGAUCGAACCGGAGAAUAUCCCGUCCUUACCUACCGGUCCAACGGUCAGGAAAGCCGCACGCAGACCUGCGCCGCCGUCAUCCUUGCCUUCCCUCCCACCCUGAGCGCACUACAAGCGGCCAAUUUGGAUAUCUCCGAGGAUGAGCGCGAAGUGUUCGACCCCGUGGGGAUCAGUAGCUUCUACUCGGGCGCCGUCAGAAUGUCGACGCCGCAUGCCAUGACGUUCGGCGCGGCCAGCGCUCAUCCGGGACUUCCCCCGGAUGCCACAGGAGACCCCGUCGUCUGCACGAAGCUGCACGGGGAUCUCGAGAUUGCCAUCACCUCGUCAUGGGGCCCCUAUCGUGGCAGCCUCACCAAAGACGAGGCGUAUGCGCGCCUGAAGACGACGCUCUCCCAAUUCAACAGAGACCCCCGAGAUCCUUCGUCCGCGGCCGUGCCGAUCACGGAUGUAGACGUGCUGGCCUUCCAGGAGAACGAGUACUUCCCUCACUACGACCCCAAGCAGCUGCGAGAGGGAUACUACGGGCUCUUCGAAAGACUGCAGGGACAGCGCAAGACGUACUACGCGUCGGGAUUCAAUACAUUUGAGCUGGUGGAGUAUGCGAUUCGCGCGGGACAGGAUAUCGCCCGGACCUAUUUCUGAUGGUAGAAAUCGAUUAAAUUAGAACUGGAAUU